CUUAUGCCAAGCCAACAUUUUAUUAGCUUCAAUUCUCUUUGCAGUGGCAUUGGACCACACAAGAAAAAAACCAACCCUUUUGCCUUUCUUUUUUCCUAAACACACAACAGAAUGGAACCUGUUGGAGCCUUCCCUGAUGGAGAAUGGGAUUGCUUUCGCAGAAUGUUUGGCAUUGAGGAUCAUGAGCAUGAUUUCACCCAGGAAUUUCCUCUUCUGCUUGGUGGGGGAGAUGAACUGAACAUUGUAACACAGCAUGCCAAUUUUUGUGCUGCUCCUGAAGCUGUUGAAAACGAGCUGAUGUUUUAUUCUUUAGAUGCUCACAACAACUCAAAUUCUUCGCAGUAUAUUUCUCAGGAAAGUAGCUAUAGUAAUAGUAGCAAUUGUAGUGGUGAUGACACUGUCUUCAUUGCCAAUCCGGGUAGCUCAAACUAUUAUUUUUGUUACCCUGAUCAUAUGUUAGCAGAUAAUGCAUGUGUAUAUUCCUUGGAUGAGAAACAUUUUGCCCCUUUUGCUCCAUCUCUUGCUAACAUAGCAACCCAGGAGAGUGUGAAGCUGUAUGAAGAUUUGGCAAGUGACAGAUUGGAGAGUUUCGAAUGCAAUCAAAUUGAACCUGUUGUUUUUCCUUCCAAGAGGAGGCUUGAUGUUCCUGCUGAAGGUAAAAUCAACAACAGAUCAGAGAAUCACAAGAAAAAAGCUCGUGUUUUAAAAGAUGUGCAAGGAUGUAUGAAGAACAACACAUGUUCCAAGAAGAAUCAGAAACAUGACAGCAAUAGGGAAGAUGCAGAAGAGACUAAUGCAGGAUCAGAUGGACAAAGCUCUAGUAGUAACAUGUCAGAGGAUGAUAACAAGGAAAAUAUUGGAGGAGCUACUUCAGAAUCUAAAUCUGUUCUCAACUCAAAUGGAAAAACAAGAGCAAGUAGGGGAUCAGCAACAGAUCCCCAGAGCCUGUAUGCAAGGAAAAGAAGAGAGAGAAUAAAUGAACGAUUAAGAAUCCUACAGAAUCUUGUCCCCAAUGGAACCAAGGUUGAUAUAAGUACAAUGCUUGAAGAGGCAGUGAAUUAUGUGAAAUUUUUGCAGCUCCAAAUCAAGGUAUAUCUUUUAAGCUCUGAUGAUCUAUGGAUGUAUGCUCCACUUGCUUAUAAUGGGCUUGACAUUGGAAUCAAUUUGAACAUGAAGAACUCCCUACCACUCUGA